ACAGCUGCUUCACAAAGACCAAUAUAUUCAGCAGUGAUGUUUAGUCUCGAAAGUGACACAGUUGGUCAAACGUCUGUGGAAAAAACAAAAUUCAAUUCUUUCCCUACUCUCGCGCAAAUGAUGUAUGUGUGCAUCGGGAAGGGCGGGUGCCGAACGAACCGCCGUCGCUCGCCCCAGUACGGAGACAUGGUGCCUGUCUCACCAUCUAAAAUCAAACAGAAAAAAGGAAAAAAGACAGAAAUAUACAGUGCAAUGAACGGAAACUAUCAACCGCCAGAUUAUUCGCGAACAGACUGCAACUUUCAAGACGAUUUCGCCCCAAAUGUGAGUGCACUUUCGCUGGAUGUGAACGAUAAUCAGAAAGCUCAAAUGCUGCCGUCUCCAACAAAAGCUACAACUUUUCCUCGAAGGAGUCAUGCUAAAACACCACCACAAAAACCUCCACGGGGAUUGCCACCGAAGCCCCCUCGCUUGAUGGAAAGAAAAAUUUUUACUUGCGAAAAUCCGUCGUGCCAAAAACAAGAGGAACUGCUGGGAAUCGUCGCGUUGGAUUUUAAGUCUUGUCCAUCAUGUUUCACACACUAUUGCUGCAUGGAAUGUCGAAAGACACAUUGGAGCGAACAUCGCGUCGUGUGUCACUACGGACAAGUCGAUAGUCACACGAAGUCGAUAAUAAACAUGAGUAACGAAAACCGUGAGUUGCUUUAUCAUUUGACUGAAAUUGCACGAGAUGGAUUCAUUACUAAAGGACGAGGAGCUGUCAUGCUUGUUUUUCUCUCACCGAAAGCUGCGGAACUCUUCGUGAAAACUGGCGUUGAUUAUUUUCGUAAUCCUCGAAACUCGCCAACUUUUUCGUCGGCACAAGAACUUAAAGACGCCGGAGUUUAUUCAAAACAUCAAAAACAGCUUUUAAAUCUGGUGAACGAUUAUCACCCAGCUCAAGAAAUGGUUCUCAAUAUUGCGAUCGUUGUAGGGAAAAACCUCCCGAAGACACCGAUACCUCGAAAUAAAGAACCCGCAGUUAUAACCCAGGUUAAAAUUCCUUUCACAGGAAGAAAAACUUCUAAGACUUUCAGUCCUCAAAAUAGCCAAGAGUUUGACAUUUGCACAUACAACGUCAGAAACAGCCCAAGAAGGAAGUCUCUUUGA